AGGCAGUACCCCCUCACUCUGAAGAGGGCAGUGGCUAGCCUCUGGCACCAAGCUCUAGCUUCCCUUCCUAGGAGAAAGGUGGGCAGGGGAAGGCUCAGAAGACUGAAGUCUUCAAGCACUGUAAGCUCCCCUUUAAACUCUAUUAAACAUAGUGACCGAUGGAAUCUGUACACGAACAGCGGGCUACCUAAGACCCGUCCUUCUGCAGGCGAGCUGGAAAAGGAGAGGAGGAAGGGAGGGAGCUCAAACAACUCACUAUGCGCAUGCUCGAGACCUGUGGCUCGCGCAUGUGCAGGGCCUGGUGCUUAUCCCGCGGCUCAGCUGGGCGGAAUCCCCCCGGGUCGAGACGAUGGAGUCGGCGGUGGAAGAACUGAUGCCCCGCCUCUUACCAGUGGAGCCCUGCGACUUGGCAGAAGACUUCGACCCCUCCGUGCCGCCUCGGACGCCCCAGGAAUACCUGAAACGGGUCCAGCUUGAAGCUGCACAGUGUCCAGAUGUUGUGGUGGCACACAUUGACCCAAAGAAGUUGAAAAGGAAGCAAACUGUGAAUGUUUCACUUUCAGGAUGCCAGCCUGCUCCUGAAGGAUAUUCUCCAACACUUAAAUGGCAACAACAGCAAGUAGCACAAUUUUCAACUAUUCGCCAGAGUGUGAACAAACACAAAAAUCACUGGAAAUCACAACAUUUGGAUAGCAAUGUCACCAUGCCAAAAUGCGAAGAUGAAGAAGGCUGGAAAAAAUUUUGUCUGGGGGAAAGAUUAUAUGCUGAAAUGUCUAUUGCAACAACUACAGGUGAAAAUCCAGGAAUAGACUAUGUGCAGAUUGGUUUUCCUCCCUUGCUUAGUAUUGUUAGCAGGAUGAAUCAGGCAACAAUAACUAGUGUCCUAGAGUACCUGAUUAACUGGUUUGGAGAAAAAGACUUUACUCCUGAAUUGGGAAGAUGGCUUUAUGCUUUGUUAGCUUGCCUUGAAAAACCAUUACUGCCUGAAGCUCAUUCAUUAAUUAGGCAACUUGCAAGAAGGUGCGCGGAAGUAAGAUUCUUAGUGGAGAGUAAAGAAGAUGAGCGAGUACCUGCUUUGAAUCUAUUGAUCUGUUUGGUGAGCAGGUAUUUUGAUCAGCGUGACCUGGCUGAUGAACCAUCUUGAUAUAAAUAUUUAAGAUGUAAAAGAAACAAGGAAAUUACUACUGUGCAAGCCAAAUAGCCCACAUGAAGGCAGGUUUCAUCAAUAUUUCAAUGAUGUAAGAAUCUUAAACUUGAUCUCUUUACUGAAAUUAAUGUCCCUAGCAAGAUCAGUGUUAUGUUUUAAAAGACUAAACUGGCUGAGCAGUAUGUUACGUAGUUAGUCAUUAGUUUUGUUCAAGUGUCUCCAAUUUACAUACCUUUUAGAAAGAUUAAAAGUCAUUCUAGAAGUGAAAUGCCUUGUAUAAGAACCUUUUCUAAAUAAUAAAAAGUUAUUACAUUCUUAAAUAUGAAUGCUAAAAAUAUUUGGUGCAAACAAGUUUUAAAAUUUCUUUUGCUGUAAUUGAGAUUUGGAUACUAAUAACUCACUGAUCAAAAUAAAGUGAAAAAGUAAAACCUGAAGCCACCUAGAUGUUCUCAGGAAUAGAUUAAAACAAACUGAAUUGAAAGUAAAAAUGAAUCAAUAUUAAGUCAAACAAUAUUUAUUAAAUACCACUGGUAAAACUAUGUGGAAUACUCAAUAUAAAACAGACAUUUUAUUUAAUAUGUGCAACAAAUAGUUUAAAAUUGUUGGAACUGAAUAUUCCUGUCAACUAAUAUGGUUGAAGAACGAAUGUUCUUAAUUAUCCAUUAGCUGAAUAUAGUGAAAUUGACUUGGACAAAUAAUCUUUGCAUGUGAAGAGUCACCCUCGAUGGUCUCAUGUAUUUUUAGAAAUAUAAUCCCUUUAACCAUUUAUCUCAUGGGUACCCAUCCCAUCAAUUUGAUUUGUUCCCAAACACCCUUGAUUUCUACCCUUGCUGAUCCCAGAAAUUCUCUUCCAAUCCUAGUUUUUGUAGUGCCAUGACCAGACAAAUACAAAGUCUCUUCAUACAAAUCUGAAAAUUGUUUUUACUAAGAACAAACUUUAUUCUAGUGUUGCUUAUAGAAUCAUUUAAGGUUUUUUUCCCUUAAAUUAAAAACCCCUUAUCAUCUGUCUUAGAAUCAAUACUGUGUAUUGGUUAUAAAACAGAAGUGCAGCAAGGGCUAGACAGUGGAGAUUAAGUGACUUGUCCUGAGUCACACACCUAGGAAAUACCUGAGGUUGAGUUUGAACCCAAGACCUCCUGUCUUUAGGCCUGACUCUCAAUCCACUCAGCCACCAAGCUGCACUACCAUUUAAGUUCAUUGUUAACAUACCUCCAACUUUUUUUUUUUAAAUCCACUUACUGACUAAUGUUGGAAAAUUUUUUAGAUGAUCACACAUGUAAAAUCUGUAUCAGAUUGCUUAAUGACUUAGGGAGGUAGAGAGGGUGAGAAGGAAGGAUUUGGAACUCAGAUUUUAAAAAAAAAUGUUAAAGAUUGUUUAUGUAAUUGGGAGAAAAUAUUUAAACAAAAAAUUAAAAUCUAACUUUUUUCCCUUUGCUAAUUCAGCCAAGACUUCAGUUUUGCCCUUUUUUAAAUGUCAAAUAAAUAUCAUAAACCAAUAAAGCAGAAGCACAAAAAUA